AUGCCUGAAGUCUCAGCAUCACUCAUUGUAUAUGGGACCUUGAUGUUCCUUGGCAUUCUGGGUAAUGUGUUAGUUCUUAUUACAGUCAUAAGCAACACCUUGGAGAACAAGACACUUCCAGCUUCUGAUCUGAUACUUGCUAACCUCACAGUCAUUAACUUCCUAAUUUGCAUAUUCAGGAAUUCUGUGGUAUUUACCAACGGACUUGGCUUGGAAGUACUUUUAACCGCAAGCUGGUGUAAAUUCUUUAUGUUUAUAUGGUCAGUCCUUAGGUCCAUGAGUGUCUGGGGGACAUUUUCAAUGAGCAUUUUUCAUUAUAUUCACAUCAGUAACCAGGCUUUAAAACUAAGAAGAAAUAUCCUAUUGAAAACGAGUAAAGCCCUUGGCCUUUUGUGGAUAUUUAACUUUUUUUAUUAUACACCUGCUUUGCUGUACACAGCACAAGCACAAAGAAAUGUGACCUUUUCAGUGCAACUAGUUAGUAGCUCGACUCGACCAAUCAUGGGCUGUGUAUGGAACUUUCCAAACCCUGACUCUAGCUUGCUUUAUGUAACCGCAUCCUUGGUAAUUCAUGAGCUGAUUCCUAUUUUCCUUAUGAUGAGCACAAAUAUAAUUACCCUAUGCAUACUAAACCAGCAUUCCAAGGCAAUAGCAGUGCAGACGACUAUUAAAAGAAUGGCUUCUGAACGCAGGGCGGCCCGGAUAAUCACAGUACUUGUUAUUCUGUUUGUGAUUUGCUGGGGAACUAAUGUUCUGGCUGUCAAUGUUUACAACUUUACCCAGGGAUCUUCAUCUACACAGUUUUUGCUUACUAUAGCCAACAUUACAGGUUCUGUCUUUGUGGGCUUCAGUCCCUUGGUUCUCCUUGUAGGGCACAGCAAACUACGUGGAAAACUGAAAAAUUUACUCUGUAAAUACUGGAAUAUUAAGAUAAAACCAUCAGAAGCGGCAGCAAGUACUGUUAUUACAGUUGUGAACUUUUAG